AUAUGGCUGGAGAAGCAGGCCGGAGCUUGGCGCGUAGGUGGCUUUUAUGGCAGGCAGCCAAUGGGAUGGGGCUCAGGAACCCUCCUUUCUGAAAAAGGGAAAGGCAUUCAGGUGGAGGGAACGCAGAGGUAAAGGCACAGUUGGAAAGAGCUGUGCAUGUGUGAGCAAGGCCCUUUGGAGGCAAACAUGGGAGAUAAGCUGCAAAGGCAGAUGGGGCUAUUCAUGGAGGUUCCUGAAUUUCAGGUGAGGAGACUGAUCUGAAUCCAGUGGGCAAUAGGGACCCAUUGAAGGCUUAGGAGCUGUGGAGGGACAGACUGGGAAGGUUAACAGGACUGAGGCUGUGAGGAGAUGCCUGGUAAGGGGAGACAGAGGCAGGGAGACCCGUUAGAGCAGAGGGGUGGGAGGAGCCAAGUCCCCUGGGUGAUGGCUGGUGUCUCCUAACUGCCCUGCAGCCUGCGGUUGGUGUGCCUUCCCCACUUCUCCUUUUGUUUUCUGGUUUUCCCCAGUUUAAGCAAAGAAGGAAAUUCACAAACAUCAAGGAGCGGCUCCCCCUUCUUGUUCCUCCUCUGCCGUGUCUUAGUAUCUGGAGUCCCUCUGUAGGGUCUGUGGCUGAGAGAUGUCUUUUUUGCUCCAUCCCUGUCUUCAGAUGCCUACCCUCUGAGUUCAGGGGGGCUGUGCCUGAGCAGUCGGGUUGUCAGUAGGUCAUAGAAGUUGCCUGUCACCAAGGGACCUGCCAAAGGAGGGAGACCCCAGGGAACUACAAGACCCAGACAAGUGAACAGCUAGAGAUCUGUUGAGGGUCAAAAUACUCUCCCAGCUCAGAGAGAGGGGAUCAGUGAGCCCUGUCUACCCCACACAGCUGGUAGGUGGAGAAGGUGGGUGGCCAAGGGUUUUGCUUUAGCCUCAUGCUCCAGACAUGGCCUUGGGGAAGGAAGAGCUGGGACAUGGUCAUGGAACACCGUCUGAGUCUCCUGGAUUGGCAGUGGGGGAGCAGUCCACCCAGAGAACUCUGGGAUUUUCUCAGGGGGAGGGGGAGGAUGUGGAGUCUGGACCCCAUUUUCCUACCACCUCCAGGGCUCUGGACAGUAGUUUGUUGUCAGCCUGACGGCCAUAGCACCCCUGAAGGCUCAGCGUUUCAGGGAAUUCCCAGGCCCUGCAGGAGUCUCAGGAGGAUCCCGUGACCUUAUAGACCCCGGCUGGCCCUCCCCCGGGGGCGGGGCUCCAAGCGCCCGGGCUCAACCCCGGCCCCCGAGGGCCACUGAGUCCUGCACCUGCCCGGCCCCGGACGCGCCAUGGGACAACUGAUGGCCAAAUUGAUGGGCAUCUUCGGGAAACAGGAGCACAAGGUUAUCAUCGUGGGCCUGGACAACGCCGGAAAGUCCACCAUCCUCUACCAGUUCCUGAUGAAUGAGGCGGUCCACACAUGUCCCACCAUCGGCAGCAACGUGGAGGAGGUUGUUCUGCGAAAGACCCACUUUCUCAUGUGGGACAUAGGGGGCCAAGAGGCUCUGCGCUCCACCUGGAACACAUACUUCUCCAACACGGAGUUCAUCGUCCUUGUGAUUGACAGCACGGACCGGGACCGGCUGCUGACCACUCGGGAGGAGCUGUAUAAGAUGCUGGCCCACGAGGCUCUGCGAGAUGCCUCUGUCCUGAUCUUUGCCAAUAAGCAGGAUCUGAAGGACUCCAUGACCACCGUGGAGAUCUCCCAAUUCCUCACCCUGAGUGCCAUCAAAGACCACCCAUGGCACAUACAGGGCUGCUGUGCCCUCACCGGGGAAGGGUGGAAUCACAGAGGCCAAGGACCUAGAUGGCUGAUUAAAGAAGGGGAGGCUUUGGUCAGGUCAGCCAAGAACCACACAUUUCCGGUGGUCUCUUGCUACCUCCUGGGUCAAGAGGACCCCCUCGCUGCCCCCCCCCCCCAGCGUCAGUUCAAUUCAACCAGCAUUUCCUAAGUACCCCCAUGUGCCAUGCACUGUGCCAGGUGAUAAAGUCAUGACCAAGACCACCCUAUCCCCCCACCCUUCGUUCUGGUGUUGCUGGCAGUCUAAUAGGAGAACUUGCUUAUGGGGGUCUCUUCCCAGGCCUUCGAAGUCACCCUGGCCCUGCCUCCUUCGAUGGAGCGGGUGGGAAGGGGGCGCUAGAGAUCUGCCCAAAGACAUUGCCAAGGUAGGUCUCCAGGCCCCUUCCUUAGAGAAGUCCCACUGAUUCCCAGACUUCCAGAGGCCUCUGUACAGCUCCUUCCUAACCUUUAUUACAGUAUGUAGUGAAGGAAUUAUUUGGGCGAUCAUUUGUUUAAUAUCCACCUCUUCUGUUGGAUGUCAGCCCCAGAGGGCGUGUCUGUUUUUUCACCGGUAACCACAGUGCCUGGCACAGUAGCUGGUGCAGUGUACAUACUCAGUCUGUUUAUAUUAUUGACUGAAAGGUUGCUGUAACGUGAGUUGCCCCGUUCAGUUGGCUUUGGGCAGGGGCUGGGGGCUUGAGGGCCAUCAUCCUCACGGGAUAUACUGAUCCUUGCUCUGUCCCUCCCGUCCUGCAGGCUGCUUGCUGGGCUCCAGUGGAUGCAAUCUCGGGCCACUGCCAACUGAUGUCCCAGUCGGAGGCCACCGGGAACUUCGGGGUUAGCACGGACUACUUGGGUGGAAAACCCAAGUGACUAUUUAUUACUUUCCUACGAUUCUCUGGUGGGAGCAGGGGCAGCUAUGGGCAGGGAGAAGCCGCUGCCCACCUAACUCCCCACAGAGGAGCUAGCUAGACUGCACACUCUGAAUUGCCGCAGACAGGACAGCAGGUAAAGCUGCCCUCACUCCACGGAGCAGGCGUCCUUCUUGGAGACACAAGGAAACGUUGGGUGGAUUAGGGAGUGGAGCCUCUUCCCCUCCGUUCUGUAGGAAAAAUGGAGGGGCAGA